UGUAGGGGCUAGUGCCUUACAAACAAACAAAUGGAUGCACAUGGAUGAAACAAGGCAUGCUAUCAUAGGAAAGGAAGUUUCUAAUUUUGAAGCUGAAAUCCCAAAAAGAAAAACGUCAUUCCAGAAACUUCCACCUGAAGAUAAAAUAUUUGAAGGAACAACUGUGUAUGACACAACCUGGCAGGAACCCAGCAAGGCUAUGCAUGAUUGCCACCUCAGGAGACCCUGGCAACUGACAGCUCUAAUAAAUGAAGAUGCUUUGCUUUUGAGGAGAAACAAAUAUAUUGUUAAAGAAAAAGAAUCACAAGGGACUCCAUAUCAGGCCAUAAAAUCAGGUGGUGACACAUUGGGACCAGCGAGGACGUUAAAUCAACUGCAGAAAUGGCUGUGGAUCAGAAAAGGCAGGGUACGGAGCCUGCAAGAGAUGAAGCCGGUGUUAAUAGACCCCCGUGAGUAA